UCAGUCCCGUGAGCGCUCUGUUUAAUCCCAAUCGCCCGUUCAACUAAAAUCAAUUUGGAAAUUUCAUCUUCUAAUUUUGCCCCUCUCCUUCUCCCUCUUCCUCUCCACCAUUUCUCAUUCAUCCUCUGGAGAUCUUCACGGAUUCCCUUACUACAGUACCUGCUCCGCUCGGCUCUGCCUCCCCCGGAUUAAGUUGCUUGACUUUGCAUAAACAAUCGGAUUGUUUUUGCCGAUGCUACUGGCCAACAUGAAACGGCCGUAUGAUUAGUAUUUUAGUCCAGAACCGAACCAUUUCCAGCAUAUCCAGGAAUCCUAAAUACAGGGGAGAGGAUGCUUUUGUCGAAAAGCUUGAAGUGCGUAGAAUCUAGAUAAUGUCAUUAUAUGACAUAGAAUACGUACAGUUUCCAUAUAAGAAUAGUAGCAGAAGAAGGAAGAUGUGAGAAGAAAAGAAUUGGAGGACUGGAACAAGUAUAAUCUCUGCAUUAUGUUUAGCUAGCGCAAUAAAAUUUCUGCAUACUCUUUUUCCUUCUUUCUCAUCCCUCCUUCACCAUUUGGAAGCUCAGUAUAUGGUCAAAGCACAUGAACCCAUUGAUAACAUCCCAAUCUUUUUUAAUCUAUGAUCUGAGGAAUGAGAAUGUUGAUUUAUACAACAUUUAUAGAUUGAUGGACGCGAGAAACCAUUCCACCUCCCUGCGCCCAACACUAAUGUAAGGUUUUUUAGUUUCCAUGUAAAUGGUCAACCUGAAUAAUAGCUCAGGCGAUGACUAUACGAGACUGACUCAAGAGGGAAGCUUCACACAAUGCAACUAGUACCAAAUGAUGAUGAAAAUAACGAAGAUAUUCUGGAACGUGCACCCAUUUUAAGUCAAUUGGAUUUUGUGUCGCAGUCUGUGGAAUCAUCAUGUUCUGCCGAGAUUAUAUCUAUAGGGAGAGAGAGCUCUGUCAGCGACGACGAUUUACAAAAUCUUCAUGUUGAUGAAACUAGUCAUCUGGUGAAUGCAGACCAACCACAAUGUCGUAUAUGCCUUGAGACUGGAGGAGAAGAUUUAAUUGCUCCAUGCCACUGCAGAGGCACUCAAAAGUAUGUGCAUAGAUUAUGUCUUGAUAACUGGAGGUCCACAAAGGAGGGUUUUGCUUUUGCACAUUGUACGGAGUGCAGAGCUAUGUUUGUGUUACGUGCAAAUGUCCCUCCUGAUCGCUGGUGGUUGAGACUAAAGUUCCAGUUUCUCGUUGCUAGGGACCAUGCGUUCAUUUUUAUUAUUGUUCAGCUGAUUGUGGCAUUCUUGGGGGUGUUGGUGUACAAAUUCUACGGAGAGGAACUCAGGGAAAUGUUUGGAUAUGAAGAACACCCGUAUGGGUUCUAUGCCAUGGCUGUCUUGGCUAUCAUCUUGGUCGGUUUACUCUAUGGUUUCUUCAUAGCCAUUAUUUGCGGACAGAGGAUAAAUGAACGCCAUUACCAUGUCCUUGCUAAGCAAGAACUGACAAAGGAAUACAUAGUCGAAGAUCGAGAACAUAACAAGAAUGUUCCUGAACUGGAUCCCAGUCAUGUUAUGGAGCUAAGGAUGUUGGGCCUAUAUUAAUCUGGAAUUGCUGAACCCGCGGUAGGAUUCAAGUUACUAAUUGGUUGGCGGAUAUACUUUCGACCCAAAAAGGCAAAUUUAUUUCUGAAAUGUUGCCAAUUUGCUAGUUCGAAGAAGAGUGCACUUCCGAAAUUCCAGGAAUUUAUAUGGAAUUGGCAUGUCUGGUUCCUUCUCCUUUACCAUAUCCUUCUGUUUUGGACACAGAUUUCUUUGUGUAAAUGGACAUUUCGCUUGGUGAAGAUAGGGAAAUCUACACAUGUAAUGGAUUUGUAUUUAUUUGACAAAAUAUUAGGACAUUAUAUGAAUUAUUUGAA